GAUGAGGUUUGUACUUGAGAAGAACCUGACAAAUAAUCUUCAUUGGAAGGAUUUCAAUUUUACAUCAAAGGAUCGACAAGAGUCCCAGAAACUACGCAACCUUGGAAAUCAAGUUUAUCAGAAGAACAGAUUAAAUGAAGCUCUUGAACACUACAGUAUGUCCAUCUGUCUUGCUCCCCAUCCUCUUCCACCCAAUACAUACAUAAACCAUUCACAGGAUAUGGAGGAUAACUAUACGUACGAGGAGCUCGCCCUGGGCUACGCUAACCGUUCAGCAGUCCUCUUCCAGAUGAAGGAAUACGAACUCUGUAUCAGGGAUAUCACAAGAGCCUUCAACUACAGUUAUCCAAACAAUUUGAUGUACAAGCUUUUUGAAAGAAAAGCACGAUGCCAAAGAGCCUUAAAGGAUUAUGCGCGGGGACUAGAGUCUAUGAAGGAAGCUGAGAUGUGGAUGAAGUAUUCUACGUUGAGUGAGACCAAAUCUCUUACCUUCAAGAAGGAGAUUUCUAAAAAUAUUGAAUUUCUGGCGGAGAAGGUGAGUUUACUAACGAUUGACGAGGUCCAGAAUAUGGCCGGUCUAGGCCCACAAACUUCGGGAUGCUUAGCAAAGAGUCCCCCAGUUCUUGAGAACAGAAGCACGGAGAUACCCUGCGCUUCUUCAGAUGUUACCCUUCGGUAUACUCCAGAAAAGGGACGGUUCUUGGUGGUUAAUAGAGAUGUUAAACCAGGAGAGAUUCUGUUGGUUGAGAAACCUUACUCUAGCAUUCUACUUCCUGAUUUCUACUCAUCACAUUGCCAGACUUGCUGUCAGAGACUUCUUGCACCCAUGCCGUGUUGGUGUUGUUCCAAGGUAAGGUUUUGCAGUGAGGAGUGUAGAGUUGAAGCUUGGGAAAGCUUCCAUAAAAUCGAAUGCCAGCAACUGGAUCUUAUUGUCGGAGCUAACCUGGGAAAAAACGCCAUGCUUGGUUUCAGGAUUUUAACUUCUUCUGGUAAAAUCUAUCUGGAGUAUGUUGUAAACAAGAUGAAAGAAGAAGCUAGUAAACCUGAAUCUGCCCCUGUACCGGAAAAGGUUGGAUUUAAUGAAGAUGCUGCUUACGAUUCAUCAGAUUAUAGAACUAUCUACAGCCUAGUGGGAAACACAAAGCAGCGUGGGGUAGGGGAUCUGUUUAAACGCGGUCUCAUGGCGGCCUUCAUGCUUAAGAUGCUAGAGCUCACGCCGUUCUUCUUCAACGGGGGCUCAGACCCAAGGAAUGUCAAGCUUCAGGAUAAAGUGCUGGUGGGAGGUAUACUGUUAACCCAUCUGCAGAAUCUGCCCUGUAACGCACACGAGAUUGCAGAGAUUGAAAUACCAGCUGGUAGUGUCAAAGAUUCAGCACAAACUGAGAUAGGCGCGGCUGCUUUUGGUACUCUAUCCCUGUUGAACCAUUCAUGUGAUCCGAAUGUAGUUAGAAACUAUUAUAGUACACAGGCUGUUGUCAGGAGCAUUAGGAGUUUAAAGGCUGGUGAUGAGAUUCUAGAUAACUAUGGUUACCACUAUGCUGUAAUGUCAAGGGAAGAAAGACAGAGAAAACUUUACAAUCAGUACUAUUUUAACUGUGACUGCACGCCUUGUCAUGCAAACUGGCCGCUGUACUCUUCACUUUCGGUGUCUGCCGUACCUCUUCCUGGUACGCAACCAGAGCAGGCAAAGCAAGUAGUUUCUGACCAUCACAAAUCUGCGAAAGCUUACAAGCGCUCUUUCGACCUUGUGCUUACAGGCAAAUUCAGUGAGUCCCUGCCCGUUCUGCUGGAUCACCUUGAGUUCCUGGACAAGAACAUCACCAGACCCUUAAAGGAGUACAACGAUUGUCAGGAAGCGAUCAAGCAGUGCUAUAGUUCUGAAGGCAACUGCUACAGAACCAAGGGUAAAAAAGACAAAGAGAUGAUUGUCUAGAAUGACGUCUUUAUUUAAACCAGCAAACUCUCAAUAUGCUCUAAAUUGCAAUCUACAAUCUACAAUCUACAGAAAAGAUCUACAACCAUUCAAAAAUCUCCAGUUAGCACACAACCUACAAAGCAGAAUGAAUUCAAUAUCUCACUUGUAUCUAAGAACCGGUUUGUUAAGAAUCAGAUUUACAAUUUUCUUGUAAGAUGGUUUUUUUUCUAUGUCUAAUUUAUAUGCCGAAACUUGAUUCACCUGUUUCAUCCAAAUCUCCUUUUGAGAAAGAAAAACUACUUU